CAGUGUGUGCCGCGGGUGAGAUCAGGGUGGCGUCACGCGCCAGCAGGUGGAGCCGCGGCAUUCAGUGUCAGCUGAGCUUCAGCGCGACCUCACAGGAGCUAUCAUCAGGUUGACAGGCAAAGGAAGAGCCGCAGUAACCGAAAGCGCUUCAAUGCAAAUGGGAAAGCCGUUUUACUCGGAACCAAGGCUAUGACAACAGGAGCAAAUUUUGUUUUGCUCGCUUGAGAAAAAAGUCUGUAGUAAGUGUAAGAAAGUUCAUGGUGGAGGCUCAGCAGAGUUUCAGAGGAAGCAGGAUGUACCAUGAAGACGGCGCAAACUCUCUCAGACCACGAUAUGGAUCCAUUGUGGACGAUGAGAGGCUGUCGGCAGAAGAAAUGGAUGAGAGGAGGAGGCAGAAUAUUGCUUAUGAAUACCUUUGUCACCUAGAGGAAGCCAAACAAUGGAUGGAGGCCUGUCUGGGGGAGCAGCUGCCUCUUACAACAGAACUGGAGCACGGCUUGAGGAAUGGCGUCUAUCUUGGAAAACUGGCUAAGUUCUUUGCUCCCCAGUUGGUGUCAGAGAAGAAGAUUUAUGACAGGGACCAAUCUCGUUAUCAGCACUCAGGACUACAUUUCAGACACACAGAUAACACUGUGCAGUGGCUCAGAGCCAUGGAGUCCGUUGGUUUGCCCAAGAUCUUCUAUCCUGAGACCACCGAUGUGUACGAUCGCAAGAAUAUGCCCAAGGUGAUCUACUGCAUUCAUGCACUGAGCUUGUACCUGUACAAAUUGGGAAUUGCCCCUCAGAUCCAGGACUUGUUGGGGAAAGUAGACUUUACAGAGGAAGAAAUCAGCAACAUGAGGAAAGAACUGGAUAAAUAUGGCAUCCAGAUGCCCGCCUUCAGCAAGAUCGGUGGCAUCCUGGCCAAUGAGCUUUCAGUAGAUGAAGCUGCAUUACACGCUGCUGUCUUUGCCAUUAAUGAGGCCAUUGACAAAGGUCAUGCAGAGAGUACAAUGGUGGCUCUGCAGAACCCCAAUGCCUUACUGAGAAACACACAGAAACCAUUGGCCCAGGACUACCAGGACACACUGAGCAAAGCCAAGAGGAAGAAAGAGGAUCAGGCUUCGGGACGGCGCUCGUCUGUUGCAACUGAAGAGAGAGAUGUGUAUGAAGAAUUGCUGACUCAGCAGGAGAUUCAGAGCAGUGUCGACCUUGUGAACACAUCAGAAGCUAUUCAACAGUUAAAUCAGGCUCUUGAUGCUGAGGAUCAGAAAGCCGUACUGGCCAGCCUUAGGUUGCCUGCACUUGGUCUUGUGGGAGUCCUUGAUGACAACUCCAGCUUUUACCUGGAGCACUUCACAUCCUACAGGGAGCAUAAAGUUAAGGAUGCUGGUGCGGGUGCUCAGCUGGAGAGGGAAGAGAUUCAGAGGGUCAUCACUUCCUGUAACGAGUUUGCAGAGGCUGAGAAACGAAAGCAGGAAGCGGUUGUUGCGAUCAAUGCAGCUAUUCGACGAGGCAUUCCAGAAGAGACCGUGGAGGCGCUUCUGAACCCAGAGGCUCAGUUACCCAUCGUCUAUCACACUGCUGCUAGCCUGUACCAGGCCGAGCUCUUCAGCCUGCAGCUUGGCUGUCAGAACAAGGCCGGUCUUACUCAUGAGGAGCUGUGUGUAGCUGUGGAGAUGCUGUCUGCUGUGUCUGUGUUAAAUGAGGUGCUGGACACUAAAGACUCUGUGGCCGUCAUUGAGCAGCUCAAUGACUCUCCACUGGGCUUCAGUGGUCUGGAUGCUGACAAUUUACAGAGAUACGCAGACACACUGAUCCGUCUCAGAGCUGAGUCCCUCGCUCAGGGUCAAGAGUUCAUCACCUGGAAUGAUGUUCAGAAAUGCAUCGACACUGUCAAUGUCCAGGAGCAGGAGGAACAUGAGAGAGUCAUCGCUAUCGCUGAGAUCAACGAAGCCCUAAAUUCUGGAGAUCCAGAGAAGACACUUGCUGCCCUCCUACUCCCUACAGCUAAAAUACAGGGAGUCAAUCCAGCCAAUGCCAAACACUAUCACAAUCUACUGCUGUCCACCAAAGACCUCAUCUGCAAGAGCUCUGGAGAUGAAUCUGCUGUGCUGUGGCUGGACCAGAUCCAGGCGGCCGUGCACACUGCCAACCGGGACCAGGAGGACGCACUCAAAUUGGCUGAGGCAGUAGCAGACAUUAACAGGGCAGUAUCUGAGGGAGAUGCUAAGGCCACACUAGCUGCUCUGCAGUGUCCUGAUGCAGGUCUUCGAGCGGUGCUGUCUGAAUGUGCUCAUGUCUACCACAGCCAGCUCGCUCACUUACAGAGCACUCAAACAGAACAAGGAACUAGUGGCAGUUUAUGGGUGAAACACAAGAUCAAGGAUAAAUAUGACUACUUCUACAACAUUGAAAGCAAGGAAGGGACAUGGGUUGAGCCAGAUAAUUUUGUCCAUGACAGUUCACAGCUCACCAAAGAAGAUAUUCAGAGUGUUUUGAGCAGUGUAACAGCAGAGUAUAACAGAGAGCAGCUGUGGUUGGCCAAUGAGGCGCUCAUCAUCCAGCUUCAGGCCCUGAUUCGUGGAUACCUGGUGAGGCGGGCACAUAAUGACAGGUUGAAGUACCUGCGAAAGCAAGAGCCGAGUGUCAUCAAACUGCAGGCAUCCUGGAAGGGCUACAAACAGAGAAGAGUCUAUAAGGACAGACUAAAGACCUUCCAAGACAGUGUGAGCAGUGCGAUUAAGUUACAGUCACUGGUGAAGAUGUGGAAAGCUAAACGAAGCUACACAAGGAGACUGAAGUACUUCAAAGACCAUGAGAAAGAAAUAGUGAAGAUUCAAGCUUACCUUAAGGCUAACAAAGCAAGAGUUGACUACAGAACCUUGACCGGUUCUCAGCACCCCCCUCUCUCAGUGGUCCGUAAAUUUGUACAUUUGCUGGAACAAAGCAGCCUCGAUUUACGGGAGGAACAGGAAGUGACACGGCUCAGAGAGGAAGUGGUCACCAAGAUUCGUUCUAAUCAGCAAAUGGAAAAGGAUCUGAAUUUGAUGGAUAUUAAAAUUGGCCUGUUAGUAAAAAACAGGAUCACACUACAGGAUGUGGUGUCACACAGCAAAAAGAUGAAGAGCAAAAAGAACAAAAUGAACAAAGAAGAUCUGGCCAUGGGGGAAAAGCAGGGCAUCAAGGGUCUGAGCAAAGAGAAGAGGAAGAAACUGGAGGCCUAUCAGCAUCUUUUCUACCUUCUACAAACCAAUCCUUCAUACCUGGCCAAGCUAAUCUUCCAGAUGCCCCAGAACAAAUCCACCAAGUUCAUGGACACUGUGAUCUUCACGUUGUAUAACUAUGCUUCAAACCAGCGGGAAGAAUACUUACUGCUCAAGCUUUUUGAGUCAGCCUUGCGAGAAGAGAUCAAAUCUAAGGUGGAUCAUAUCCAGGAAAUAGUGACAGGGAACCCUACAGUCAUUAAGAUGGUUUUGAGCUUUUACCGUGGUGCUCGCGGGCAGAACGCUCUCAGACAGCUUCUAGGCCCUGUGGUGAAAGAGAUCAUUGAGGACAAGAACCUGGGCAUCAACACUAACCCUGUAGACAUCUACAAGGCCUGGGUUAAUCAGCUAGAGACCGCUACGGGAGAAGCCAGUAAGCUGCCAUAUGAGGUCACUCCAGAGCAGGCUCUGUCACACCAGGAAGUGAGGGCUAAACUGGAAUCCUCCAAUCAGGUGCUCCGGACGGUCACAGACAAAGUGCUCGGCUCAAUCAUGUCAUCGCUGGACACCAUCCCUUACGGCAUGAGAUAUAUUGCUAAAGUUCUAAAGGACACUCUUCAUGAGAAAUUCCCUGACGCCACAGAGGAUGAAUUAUUAAAGAUUGUUGGGACUCUGCUCUAUUACCGUUACAUGAAUCCUGCCAUUGUGGCUCCAGAUGGCUUUGACAUCAUUGACAUGACGGCCGGUGGACAGGUGCAUUCGGAGCAGAGGAGGAACCUGGCAUCAGUGGCUAAGAUGCUACAGCAUGCUGCUGCUAACAAGCUGUUUGAGGACGAGAGCGACCACCUCACCCUUAUGAACAGCUACAUCUCCCAGACCUACCAAAGGUUCAGGGGCUUCUUCCAGGCAGCUUGUGACGUUCCAGCUCCGGAGGAGAAGUUUAACGUGGACGAGUACUCUGACAUGGUGACACUCAGCAAACCCAUCAUCUACAUCUCUAUUGAGGAGAUUAUCAACACACACUCUUUGGUGUUGGAACAUAAGGAAGCUAUUGCUCCAGAUCACAGUGAUCUUCUGCAUGAACUCCUGAAGAACUUGGGGGAAGUUCCUGACGUCGAGUCACUACUUGGUGAAGGAGCUUUGGAUGCAGAUGACCCCAGCAAGGAGAACUCACGGAGUCAACUGGCCAAAACAGAGGUCUCCCUUACCCUCACCAACAAGUUUGAGCUGCUGGAAGGAGAUGACAAAGACAUGAAGGGACUGAUGAUGAAAACAAAGAAACUGAUAGUGGAUGUUGUGAGAAUUCAAGCAGGGGAAACACUCACUGAUAUCCUAGAAACUCCUGCCUCUGCUGAACAGGAGGCAGAGCACGCUAAGCUAGUAGAGCGACAGGUGGUGCAGGACUCUCAGACUCCAGAGGGGCUGAAGAGCAGCAAGGCCAUGCUGGAGGACCGCCAGCUGCCUCUGGAGCAGAAGAAGAGAAAGAUCUUCAGGAACCUGAGAACUCUAGAGCAGGCUGGUCUGGUCAGCUCAAAACACAAGUACCAGGAAGUCAUCAAUGACAUCUCCAAGGACAUUCGAUACCAGCGGCGCUACAGGCAGAGGAGGAAAGCAGAGUUGGUGAAGCUGCAGCAGACUCUGACUGCGCUCAACUCAAAGGCAGCUUUCUAUCAGGAACAGAUCAAUUACUAUGACACAUACAUCAAAACCUGUCUGGAUAACCUCAACAGAAAGAAUUCACGAAGGUCCAUUAAACUGGACAGAAAGGAAGAGGAGAAGAGCAGUAAGAAGGCCUCAAGGCCUCCCAAGGCCUCGUCUCUGAAGUACACAGCAGCCAAACUGCAUGAGAAAGGAGUCAUUCUGGAGAUUGAAGGCCUCCAGACUAAUCAGUUAAAAAAUGUCAUGUUCGACAUUUGCCCUUGUGAGGAAGUGGGGGACUUCGAGAUAAAGGCCAAGUUGAUGGGAGUUGAGAUGGAGAAGGUGCAACUGCAUUUCCAGGACCUUUUGCAGCUCCAGUAUGAAGGAGUAGCUGUCAUGAAAAUGUUCGACAAAGCCAAAGUCAACGUCAAUCUACUGAUCUUCCUUUUGAACAAAAAGUUCUAUGGAAAAUGAACAUCCCUUGGAGUUAAUUCAGUGAAAAUAUGUUCAGUGAAAAAUAUUAACUAGCUAUCAGAGUCUCAUUUUAGAUGUUAGUUUACACAAAUUGUACAAAAAGAACAGAUUGUGCCUUUGGUUUUUAGAUGUUUUUGUAAAAGAAAUUUCUGAGCAUUCAGGGUAUUUGUGCAACUGUGUUUGCAGGUCUUCUGUAUUUGAUUAACUAUACAGUGAGAUCUUACCAUUCUAAGAAUUAUUCUAAGAAUUCAGCAAAGCUGUACAUACAAAGCUUACAUUUGAAAGGAAAUUUAAUCAAACCACAAUCAAAACAACAAAUUACUUCUGUUUUUUUUGUUUUGUUUUUUUGGAAAAUUGUGUAUGGAUUAUAUUUUUCAAUACAAGUGUAAUUGAAAUAUAUAUUUUAUAGCAAGUAAUGUAUUGCAUGCUGCAAUGUUUUAAUAUCUUAGAAAUUAAUAAGAUGAAUUACUUUUAAUGACUGAUAAUGCACUACUGCCAUAUGGCUGUUAAAUAAGAUAAACCAGAGGAGACUUUUCACAAGACUGUCAUGAACUAGUGCCUUUCAUUUCUAAGUGCUCAAAUGUGCAUCUUUUUAAAGAUACUUAUUAAACGGCAUUCCUAAAAGUUUUCAGUUAAAAAAAUGACAAUGUUCUGUGCUGAGAAGAUGGAUUAAUGUUAUUGAUUUUAAAUAAAUACAACU